AUGUUUGUCGUUGCAGCCAAGCGCUGCUCCACCUCCGAGGAAGGGGGACUCGAGACGUUCAUCGGCCGCCAGAUCGACGCCGCAAAGGCGCCUGCAAGGGCACAUGUACUCGUGCGAUCCGGUACGGAUGCUACAUUGCUUAAACAGACAGCCCUAGCUGAAAACAAAGCAGGAUCUAUGGACGUAGGAUGUUACCAUACGAAUCCACUCAUAAUCCCAGCUAAGCAGAGCUCUAACGCAUAUCUUUCUACAAUUCACUUUCCUCCUGACUCUAGUCGAGAGCCCGAAUUGAAAAGGUCUUAUCAAUCGAAUCCCACAGCUUCUCUGCGCAUCUAUACUCCCAAUUAUUCUACAAGUACACUUGAUAUACGUUCCGAAAAGACACAUAAGCAAGCUUCAAAUUCAGCCUUACAACCUGUACUCCCAAAGAGUGCUAAGCGGUGGGCUAUUCAGCGUAACGGAGAAGGUAAAAGAGACCCUGACUCAACGCGACUUGGUCUAAAUGUCCCCGCCGGCACAUCAGCUCUUGAGCUCAAAACUAAGGAAGAACUGUUGUUGUACUUAAACGAUGUAGAACAACGCCUCAAGUCAGCUCUGGAUGACUGCCUCCCGGCUCUGAUGGAGUCCACGCCCAAUGUAAAUUAA